AUGGCAGUCCUUGACGAUCUCCCUCCAGAGAUCAUACUUCAACUAUUCCCAGCACACUCGCUGCUGGAGGAGUUUACAAGAACGGAGUCGGACACCGAGCUCGCGGAGUUGCUCCAGCCAGGCUGGCGCUCAGCAUUCAAUCUUUCACGCACCUGCAAGAAGUAUCGUCGAAUGCUAGUUCGAGACCUCUAUCGAAACGUCAGUAUUCAUGGGUCCAAUAGCACCCACAAGCUCACGUCCUUUAUUGAGUUUAUAAUGAAGCAUGAGGACAUUGCUAUGGGAGUCAGGCAGCUGUAUCUGCACCUGGACGCCAGCAACACAGGAAUCAAGGACUUGACAGAAGCAGAUCUGGGUUGGAGUCACUGGGCUGCCGAACAAUCGGGCGCUCCUUCACCCUACUAUCUCUGGCGCUCGGCAGAAGGCAAGCCUCUCCAAAUGUCGGAAUCCCGACGCUUCAGAACCGGAAUCUUGCACCUGGGAAUCCUUCUCGAGAUUGUCCUUUCACGUGUACAGGGACUACGUGAGUUAGGCCUCGCAGUGCCAGGUGGCCUGUUUUGUGACCAGUACGGUCCAAGGUCCAGAACCGAGAUUGAUGGUCUUUUAUGGACAGGAGAGCUGGGCCCUUCAGAUCUUGCCAAGUUCCGGAUCUUUCGUGGUGUCCCAUGGCCAGUUCCGACCCUAGAGAUGGUCGCUAUUCGCCCUAGUGGUCUUUCAAAGACUCAUCGAGACACCAACCUCUCGCCAACGGAUCUUGACCACUUACUUCACUUCUCGCCAAACGCCAGAUCGAUUUUCAUUGCUAAUCGGGAUGAAGAACCUAGCUGCCCUCUCGACACAUAUUCGCAGUGGGCCAAUAUUACCUGUCUCACCAUCACAGAGACCUUUCUGGUCCAAGAGAAGAUUCGAAGCAUGGUCGAAGGUUGCGCCUCUCUCGUUUCGUUCAAGUACCUGAACUCUAGGGCAGACACAUUCGUUCCACAUUGGCCAGUGUCACCCAGGGAGAUCGUCACCAUUCUCCGUGCGCACAAGAACACUCUGAACACCCUCCGCAGUCUCUCCCUCGAUCUCAAUGACUGGUAUCGAGGGGAAUACAGGGCCAUCAGGAGUCUUUCAGACUUCAAGCACCUAGAGAAUCUCUGGGUCGAUGUCUCGAGCGUGUUGAAGAGAAUCAAGUAUGGCUCCUCCAGUCGUUCAGAUAAGAACAAGCGACUGACGCACAAACUUUUCACCUCUUUCCCUCGAUCAAUCAAGCGUCUUCAUCUGGCGGGCAAUGGGCUCGGAGUUCGUCAUAACAUAUGCGAGGUGUUGACGAAUCGCGAGGAAUAUCCCGAACUCAGAGAGGUCGAGAUGGAGGAAUUGGUUCAGAGAUUGCCGGAACUCUGGGAUCCAGACCUAGCGAACGAAGAAGAUGAUACGGACCAGAGCGAUGUUGACGACUCUGAUAACGACGGUGAUGAGGAUUUAAUCAAUGGCGACGGCACUGACGACAAUUCUGCUUCCUGGACAUUGAACAAUGACGGCAUCGAGGGCGGUCACAGCAAUGGGUAUAGCAGCCAGACCGAGGAGGAACACAUCAGCGAGACGAUUCAGGAGACCAGUCCCUCCUAUCGAGAACGGUUCAUCAGAGCUGGUAUCGAGUCACCUAGCACUAUGUGCAUUCUUGGAGAGUUGUGGUAAAGGAC